AUGUGCAUUACGCGCAACUUCAUCAGCAUUUGUGCGACAGCUCGACGCACUGAAGAGAAAGAAUCAAUACGUGAUUUGUACCGGUAUACCAGUACCACAAAUCAUUCGCAAUCUUCGAUCAGCGCUCGAAGUCUCACUUUUGAAAGUGUUACCACCAUGCCGUUCGCCCACGUGACCAGCAACGUGCCCAAGUCCAAUGUGGACGUCCCCACAGCGCUGCGUGCGCUGUCAAAAGCCUUGUCGGAGGCUCUGGGAAAGCCUGAGGCGUACGUGAUGGUGCAAUUGGAUCUGGAUACGCCUAUGAUCUUUCAGGCUUCCGACGCCCCGUGCGCCUUCAUCCAGAUCCGCAGCAUUGGUCGCAUUGGGCCUGACCUCAAUCCCAAGACAGCUGCAUCCCUGACGACAAUGGCCGCUGAAGCGUUAAAAAUCCCUGCCGACCGCAUCUUCCUCAACCUGGACGACGUGGACGCUGCCAACUGGGCCAUGGCUGGUAACACUAUCGGUUAA